CUACCACACUCGACUUACAAUACACUUAUACUGUCUCGCACUUAGAUACGUUUCUUGGCUAGGACUGAUAUGCUGGAUAAACGAGCGAGUUGCCCGGCUCGUGUCUUGAGUUAGGCUGCUGCGGUUUGAACCCAGCCAAACCCAUUCCUACCGCUCACCCUGUGCCCAACCCUAUGCGAAAUAAUGCGUCUUUUGCGAUGGAGCAAUAAUACCGAGUUCGGCCUUACCGACGAUCUGGCGGAUGACGAGGCAAUCCCUCCUUAUGCGAUCCUUUCGCAUACAUGGCUCGAAGAUACGCAGGAACCCACCUUUGAAGACCUUACGAAUGGUACUGGCAGGGAAAAGCUUGGAUAUGAGAAGAUCCAGUUCUGCGGAGGACAAGCUAAACAAGAUAACCUACAAUAUUUCUGGGUGGAUACCUGUUGCAUUAAUAAGUCAAACCCUGCCGAACUCUCACACUCUAUCAAUUCUAUGUUUCGCUGGUACCGCAACGCGACUCGAUGCUACGUCUAUUUGUCGGAUGUCUCCAGCCCCCGCACCAACGAUGUGUUUCAUUCGCAGUCAUGGGACUUGGAUCUGGCGAGAAGCAGAUGGUUUACUCGGGGUUGGACACUCCAGGAUGGGUGUGGGCAACUAUUCUGCCUAAUGUCUACACAGCCUCAACGCCAUGCUGGGCAUGCAUGUGUGAGAGAUCUUGGACCCUGCCACGCACUCACCUUCACCAACGCGAAGCCUUAGGCAUAUAAGUCAUGAGUUAUUCAGUAGAUUUCAUAUCAGCCCUUCGAGGCAUCUGAGAGACGUCUCGCAAUCUACACCCGCCGCUUCCAUACUUCCCAGCAAGUUUACGUGCCGGCGACCAGAAAUAGAGAACAUGUUCAAUAUACACCACUUCAAUAAAUGGUCAUAGUCUAUCUUUCUGGUUGAGCAA